AGUAUGGAAAUUCCCCCGCGCGACCCUUGGCUCGCACCUGACCAACGGGAGAAUGCGCGAGGCCGCAGACGGACAGACACACAGCCGCCGGCCCGCCGCUGUGAAUCACAAGCGGGUUACUCUAAAGUCACACCACCGACAGCUGGUUCCGUUAACCGGCUGUAGACCACCGUCACUCCACACCAACUCCCGCCCGUGAAGAGGGCGACAACAUGCCGCGGUCUUUCUUGGUAAAGAAACAUCACAUCGCUAAGAGAGCAAACUAUGGAAGACUGAGCUCACACACUGAGGAGGUCCCCUGCAGCCCCCAUGAAGACUCUCUGCUACACAAUGACAUCCCCCCUCGUCAUCAUUGUCCAGCCACAAGCCCAUGGCUAUUCCAGUCCCUCUCCUCCUCCUCCUCCUGUCCUCUUUCUCUCAGAGCAGACCGACUGCAUCUGCCAUCUUCUCCAAACACUACCCCCCCUUUCUCCUUUUUGGGCCACUCUUCAGAGGGCUACAGUAGAAGCCCUGCAGAUGCCUACAAACCAGCUGAAUCCUGCACCAAAGGAAACCUGGGAAUCCAGUGUGUCACAGGAGACCACAGGAGGAGAGAGAGCCUCAUCCCUUCAUCCCUCCCUCUCCUGGCCCUCUUUCCAACCAUCCCUCACAGCGGCAUCAGCCAGGGGAGCUUUGCGUGUUUGGACUGUCAUAAAGAGUACUUGAGCUCCUCGGGCCUGGCCAAACACGAGCAGCUCCAGUGUGAGUGGAGCAGUAAGAAGCACUUCAGCUGUAAGUACUGUGAGAAGGAGUACGUCAGCCUGGGAGCACUCAAGAUGCACAUCAGGACACACACACUGCCCUGUGUGUGUAAACUCUGUGGCAAGGCGUUCUCCAGACCCUGGCUGCUUCAGGGACAUAUACGAACACACACAGGAGAGAAGCCGUUCUCGUGCCUCCACUGCAGCAGAGCUUUUGCUGACCGAUCCAACCUGCGAGCUCACCUCCAAACCCACUCUGAAGUGAAAAAGUACCAGUGUGCAAGCUGCUUCAAGACCUUCUCUAGGAUCUCACUGUUAGCCAAGCACCAAGAGGCUGGCUGCCCGCUGUCCUGACUGUGAACUUCUUCCUGCUCCAAAAUACUCUUCUGUAGAGUCUCACUGAACAACCGUGGCUUUGAAACAAAAACCGGCUAGGAGGUUUGCACAGCUUGGUGCGUGGAUCACAAAACCUGCAUGCCUAAGCAGUGGAAAACAAGCUACCGUCUGAUGACAACCCUGUUAUUCAUCAAAACGGUUAUUUCACAGAGUUUGACAAAAUAGUGUAUUGACAUCUGUAACUUGCUGUCAGAAACCACUUAGUUACUUAAGUGUAUAUGUGUCCAACUAACAUGUAUUUUGAAGUGUUUACAAUGUUGCACAGAUUGAGUCAGCAUGAAGCAGCCACACAUGUAUUUAAAUGUUCCUUUUCCUCUUAUUGCCUGGUAACAGUGAUGUUAGAACUGACCCCCACAUCACCCCCACACAAUAAUAACAGGAACAGGUCACACAUUAUCAGGCUGUAUCACAGUAAUGGUUUGUGUUGUUUGAUUCACUGUGACAGAGAGGGGUGAUUGUGGUGAGCAGAGGGUUUGCAGAGGAGAUGGCUGUGUUAGAUGUGUUACUGAAAGAAGAUUACGGAGUCUUUCUUCAGUUUGCUUAAUCACCUUAUUCUCACUCGCUGUCAUCGCAAACUUGUUGGAGAAAACACAAUGGCCCAGUCACUUGAAGUCCCCAUGUGUAGUUACAGUACAAGUAUCAGGAGGUGCACAUUAAGUACAGUGUAGACUAUGGCAUAUUACGUCUUAAACAGAAAGCUCUCAAAGAGGUUUUAAAGGUCUAUCUCUGUAGGGAUCCUUUCCAUAAUGUUGUCAGACACUUAGAAUAAUAA